CUGGGUUGCAGAAACUAGGCUUUUGCACUUCGCUUCGCAGGUCAACUCUUGCAGUUCCAUUGAACAAAGCCCCUGCAAAAUCCCUGGGUUAUGAAAUAUUUCCUCUCUGUUGGGCCCCGGACAAGAGAUGGCAUCUGAAGAGCCAGAAAAGGAAGUCCUUGCCUUAUAGAGAGCGCUCUUGGUGUGACACAAUGGCUGAUAUAAAGUGGCAGGGGAGCUGAGCUGAAGGCAAAGGAACAAAGGAAGAUCAAGAUUCGGGGGCUGUUCUGGGCAACAGGAAAGAAGGAAGUGUCUUGGGGAUGGAUAAAUUCAAGGCUGCCCUUGUGCUGGCUGGGGUAGGGGAUGCUCUCGGUUACCGCAAUUUCUCCCGAGAAAACAACGCCUUAGGUGCAAAAAUCCAGCAGGAGCUGAAGGAAAUUGGAGGGCUUGAGAACCUGGUGCUCUCCCCCGACAAGUGGCCAGUAAGUGACAACACGCUCAUGCACAUGGCUACAGCAGAGGCUGUCAUCACAGAUUACUGGUGUUUAGAAGACCUGUACCGAGAGAUGGUAAAACGCUACGUGGAUGCUAUUGACAAGCUCCCUGGGAGGAGGCCAGACCCUGCUACCAUUGAAGGCUGCAGGGAAUUAAAACCAGACAACUACCUUCUUGCUUGGCACACACCGUUCAAUGAAAAGGGUUCUGGAUUUGGAGCAUCUACAAAAGCCAUGUGUUUAGGGAUGCGGUACUGGAAGCCAGAAAGGCUGGAGUCACUUGUUGAAGUGAGCAUCGAGUGUGGACGAAUGACUCACAACCAUCCUACAGGCUUUCUAGGGUCCCUGUGCACAGCACUCUUUGUGGCGUAUGCAAUACAAGGGAAACCCCUUGUGCAGUGGGGAAGAGAGAUGAUGAAGGUUGUGCCAAUGGCUGAAGACUACUGCAAGAAGACCAUUCGCCACAUGGCAGAAUAUCAAGAGCACUGGUUUUACUUUGAAGCCAAGUGGCAGUUUUAUUUGGAGGAGAGAGAAAUCAAUGAAGAAAAUCAGAAUAAACCUGUCUUUCCGGACAACUAUGAUGCAGAGGAGAGAGAAAAGACGUACAGGAGAUGGAGCUCCGAGGGCCGGGGGGGAAGACGAGGCCAUGAUGCCCCCAUGAUUGCCUACGAUGCCCUGCUGGGCUGCGGUGGGGACUGGACAGAGCUCUGCAACCGCUCCAUGUUCCACGGAGGAGAAAGCGCGGCUACAGGGUCUAUCGCCGGCUGCCUGUACGGCUUGGUUUACGGCCUAAGCAAGGUUCCCAAAGGCUUGUACCAGGACCUGGAACAGAGGGAGAGGCUCGAGUACUUGGGCGAGAAUCUGUACCGACUAUCCAUGGAGGAAAAGUAAAGCAGUUUCUGCCAUUUUUCUAUAAAGACUAUCUCGAACCCUGUAGAUAACUGACAGAUGUUCAUAGCGAAGGAAAUAGCUGAGAGUUAGUCUGAAAGGCUGUAUUUAGAUUGUGUGCAAGCAAAGAUAGCUGAAUUAUUCAAGACUGAUUAGAUAUUUAUGGCCUUUGUGGGUUUUUUUACAGAUGUAGGGUUUCUUUGAGCAUACAGUGAGAUUUUUGAGUAUAUAGUGAGAUAAUCUCAAAUGACAAAAAGAUUUUAAAAACCUCUUUUGAAUUAUUUCAGUCUAACUCGCUAUAAUACCACUUCCUAAAAAGCCAAGACCAGUAAUUACAGAUAC